UUUGGAAAAUUUGAAGAAGGCCAUGGUCAUGGUACGCAAAUAAAAAUCACGUGACAUUGUAUAUAACGUGACUACUACAUUGAAGUCAUGUGAUAAUCACCCAUUAAAAGAAUAAUCAUCAUUACUUGAAAACACUGUCAUAUAAAACUACUAAAAGGAAUUACUAGGCCCUAAGAAAUAAUGAACUAUCAGAAUUUAUCGCUAUUUUUAUUCAUCAUAGCAAGUAGUUUACUACUUAUGAUUGAUGCUUAUGUACCUCGUAUGCUCAAUGGCAGACCGAAAGGAGGACUCGUUGGAUCACCAGGUUGAAUUAUUAUUAUAAUUAUAAUAUUAAUAUUAUAUUGAAUAAAUGAAUAGGCUGCGGCAAUAAUAUUUAUUCGACUUAUUAGGACCCGGGUGGUUUCAAGAGUGAGAGGUUGGUUUUAGUAAUAAAUUUAAAAAUAUUAUUGUAGACAAAAUUUGGUAUGAAAUUAUACUAUACUGAUAGCCCUGGCUAAUUAGUAAUAUUUUGACGGCUUGUCUCAUCUGGUGGAAAUCACUUGAUUCACCGUAAAUCAUGUUUUCAAGGCAGGUCUCUGGGUCCUGACCAUCUGCCCCCCACCCAUUGCUGGGGCAGUCAACCACCAGGUGAGACAUUGUCUCCUCUGUCUGGCCACAAAAUCGGUAGUUAACCGUAGUUGGGUUCUCUUAUGUCGUCAAAUCUAUGGAGGUAGCUGCGCAUCAGCAAUGGUAAGUCCUCAUCUGGAUGAUGAGGUUCUGAUUGCCUCACUUAGUUUCCAACAGGGAUUGCUCUUGCUCAGUCGUGGCACUUUCACAUAUAGCUAAAAUCUAGAGGGAUCCAGGUACACAUAGCCGCUAUUCGGACCGGGGUCCUUUUAGACUAAAUGCUAUUCGGAUGUCAUUUGUGGUAGUUUAUUUUAUUUAAACUGAAGAAGUAAGUUUCCAGACAUAUAGUCAUUCAAUUAUCUUUCAUUUGAUACCAAAUUUUGUCUUACAAACCCAACAAUAAUAUUUUAAAUAUUUUUUUUUAAUCCCAGCCUCUCACUUCUGAUACCUGGGUCUGAAUAGCCACUUUGACCAUGGGCACCCGCAGAAAACUUUCUAGGGGGAGGGCAAAAAAAAAUCGAUUAACUUUCAGGGGGUCAAACAUUUUUUAGUAAUGUUUUAAUGUAGUUUUAAUUUACUGUAGCGUAUUUGUAUGGUCAACGAACGGUCAGGACAUCAGCUUAGUUACUUUCUCUUUAUUUUCUCUUUACUUUAAAUUAAUAAAUUUUUUGUCUAUUUUUGUCUAAAAUUUAUUUAUCCAAUCAAUUGCCCCCCCCCCUCCCCCCUGCGGGUGCCCAUGACUUUGACUGAUAACCCCCAACAAAUUUUAAGUUUGCAAUGACCUCAACCGGUGCCGGAAGCGAUUAUCAUUCAGUAUCAUUUAUAAUUCAAUUAGCCUCAUAUCUAACUUAAAAUUAAGUAAAUGAAUCAAAUAAUCUGUGUAUUAUUUGUUUAUACUUAUAAAUGUUAAACAGUUCCACAGAAAAUUUGAAAUUUAAUAUCUAAAUAAUGUUAUUAUUAUUGUAAAUUUAAAAAAAUAUAUAUUUUAACAAAAUUAAAUACAAAUUAGUGAUGAGUCAGCAUAUUUUAUAUAUUUUAAUUUAUGAAAUUAUAAAGAUUUUUUUUUUAAUUUGUGGAAUACUUAACAAAAACUCAAUUGAUCUUUUGUGGCUUUAUUUAGAAGAACUUGUAUUGUUCCCCAUAAAUAUUAUAUUUUUGUGUCAUUUCAUAAUAAACUUUUGAAGUUCUAUAGGUGUAAAACAAAAACAAAAUAAGGAUCUCAAAAUGUGGUGGAAAACCUCAUCAUAGUCAUAGUGAAAAGUGGUUUUGAGGUCCUGAAAGAAAAAAUUCAUAACUUUUGAACCACAUGUGCUAGAAAGUUGAUGAUGGUGUUUUUGUAGACUCUUCUCUAGGCCCUGUGCAGCUGUAGUAUUUUUAUAUUUUUAAAAAUGUUUUGAAAUAUCCAUCAAAGUGCCUGUAGACUAAGUUACUUUAACUAAGUUUACGCCCCAGGCCAGAGUAAGACAUAAGCUUGGCUUAAUAAUUAUUAUUUAAUUCUUCAUUAAUUUAUUUAAUUUCCUUAGUAGGCUAUUUAUUAAUUUUAUUUAUUAUUAUCAGGCCCAUAUAAUAUAUGAUUAAACUAUCAGUCUAUCAUCAGUAUCUAUAGACUAUGACAAUGACAUAUUGUUAACUUAGAAUUUUUGUUUUAGAGCUUGGUUAAUAAAUAAUGAGAAAGACAUUUCAGAUAUGUAGGCCUUUGUCACAUUCUAUGUUUUAUAAAUUAUAAUAAUAAACAUAAUUCUGGGCCUAUAAAUGUUAUAAGUUAUACUAUCAUAUAUAGGCCUAAAUCUAAUGAUUUACUAGUGCAUUUAGACCUAAUCAUGGCACUAUAUAGGUAUUCUAUUUAUAAUCACUUGUAUAUUUUGAUAUGUUUAUUAAAUAUCAUUGCACUGUUUAAUACUAUGUCUAUGUGCAUAUCAUAAUGUUCCAUGGCAUAAUGAUAAGGUUAUGAGUCACUGAGUGUGAGUAAAAGUGUUAUUUAUAAGACAAAUUUAAUAGAAUAGUCUUAAUGUUUUUAACAGUUAAUUUUUAUUUUAAGAAUUUAUAUUUUUUAUUGUGCUAAAACAAAAUAAUAACUCAUGUAUCUCUCUAUGAUUUUCAAUAGCAUUACUUAUAAUUUUCAACUAGGAAAUAAACACCGCUUGUAUGGCAUGGAAAGACCAAAGACGCCCCCAGAGCAGUGGUUUAUUCAGAAAUUAGACCAUUUUAAUGGGGCUGAUUCACGAGUUUGGAAACAGGUGAUUAGGCUAUAUAAAAAGGUUUCAAAAGUUUAAAAAAUAAAUUCAUCAAUGAUCAGAUUAACCAGAUCAGUAACUACAUAAUUUGUGUAAAUACCCCUGAACUCAUAGUCCGUUAUAGAUUAUUUCCCUUAGGUUUCUUUUUAGAUGUUUCAGGUUUGAAAUUAUUCCUCUUAAGAAUCAAUCUUUAAAUAAAAAGUUAUAUUUUACUUUUUGUUCACUGAAAAACUUAUUUUUUGUGAUUGAUAUUUCAAAAAUUUUUCUUUCAUUAUUAACAGAGAUUUUUUGUAAAUGAUACUUAUUACCAAACUGGAGGUCCAAUCUUCAUUCAAAUUGGAGGGGAAGGAACUGCAGACCCCAUUUGGAUGGUGGAAGGAGCAUGGAUAACAUAUGCAAGAAUCUAUGGAGCCUACACUGCAAUGCUUGAACACCGUUACUAUGGCAGUAGCCAUCCAACAGCGUGAGUUAUCAAUGUAUGGUUUUUUUUAUAAGAUUUUAAAAAUCAUACUUAGUUUUUCAAAUGUUUUCCUCUUUUUAGGAAGAUGCAAGUUUUUAAGUUUAAGUUGUAAAGAAAAUGAUUAAGUAAAAAAUAUAGAUGUGGGUGCAGGUCUGUGCGUGUGUGGGGGAGGGGGGAGCAAUCAGUACUUGAAAAAUUUCACACAUUAUUUACCUUUAUUUGUAGAUGUAGAGUAGAUUUAAUUAUCUGCAUGUUUUACUAUGGAAAAAAUAGAUUAAAUUUUUUUUUGAUAAUGUCCUGUGUCUCAAUAUGUGUGUAAUUUAACACAUAUAAAUGUUCUAUAUGUCUACUUAUUUGUUAUGUUCAUAUCUAUUUAGACACUUUAGAUGGGUCAUAAGAGUUUUGUGUACGGUAAAAUUUCCUGUAAAAGUUCCUAUAACAAUAGCUAAGCUGUCUGUAUUUAUCUCCAGGGACAUGAGCACAGACAACCUCAGGUACUUGAGUAGUGAGCAGGCAUUGGCUGAUCUAGCUGCAUUCAUUGUUGACCUUAAAUUUAGACUGGGCAACCCCAAAAUAAAGGUCAUUACAUUUGGAGGAUCCUAUCCAGGUAGGAUUUAAAAGUCAGGGAUAAGUGUUUGUGGAUCCAAUAAGAUGAAAACAUUAAAAAAUAACAGUGUGGAUAAAAACUAAUGUUGAAAAGGCCAUAGUUGGGUUUUAAUUCUUUUAUAACUUAGAACUUACAAUAUUACAUUUUGUAUGCCUGGGUAUUGGUACAUCUUCAUCUGGGAUUUGGUACUUCUAUGUCUGAUGUUUAGUUCUGCUUUGUGUGGGGCAUAUAGUUCUUCUCAACCUGGGUCUAUUGUCUUUGUGUUAAAAUCAUGAAUUAGGUUUCUUCAUGGUCCAUCAUAAAUCACAGGGAUUACUAAAUCUGAAGUUAUAGGGCGGGUCAGAGAUUGGAAAACAUGGCGGGCCUCACUGUAAGUGGUCAGAGGUUUGUAAACAAGGCAGGCCUCAAAGAUGGGUCAACAAGAUGGGCCUCACUGUGAGUGGUCAAAAAUAAAUUGUUAAAUACUUUUGACCCACAACUUAGGACUAUAAUUCUAAUGUAUAUUUUUUAUAAAUACGCUUAAGUAGAGAUGCUGCACAAAUAUAUAAUUAUGUUUUGUUUUUGCAGGUUCCUUGUCUGCCUGGUUUCGGCUGAAGUAUCCACACCUUGUUGAUGGAGCUGUUGCCUCCAGUGCCCCUCUGCUUGCUGAAGUUAACUUUAAAGGUUAUUAUUAAUUUAUUAUUUGACUCAUUCCCAAUGGUUGCGACUAAAUGCAUUAUUCGGGGGUUCCGACAGAUGCAUCCAAACAUGUUUCUCGUUGCAUUGCGACACACUUCUCUAAUUUUUAUUUUUAAAACUGCAAUGAAACCCCGCAUCCCUUAUGACUUCUGGUGAAGGCAUGAUUCUGCGUGAUUUCAAUUUAAAAACCAAAACGUUUUUAUCUUGUUUCACUUUCAAUCUAAGUGUGCUGUAGAACAGUGUGUCUAUAUCCCGUACUUGUUCAUUCUAGGAGAUAAAAAUAAUUUUUUUUUGGUCAUUGCUUGUUAUUUUUUUCAUUAUUGAUGUGAUAUUGCUAUUAAAUUUUAAUUAUUUCUGGAUGCAUUCAUCCUUAAUAAUUAUAUUUAGCAGCUUAAAAAAAUGUUUUACAAAUGUAAAUCAAUUGCAAACGGACUUACUUCCCUUUCAAAGGUACCAUUAUAUAAAUUAAAUGCGGAAGUAGCACGGCCGUCAGGAGGAGUUAAUUUGUACUUGGCCUACAACCUGUGGUACUGGAGCCACCGGGUUAGCCCCUGGGGUUUUUAAAUGAAAAGAUGUAUCUCUUUUUUUCUUCUUUUUUUUUUGAACAAUCUAUAAUAACAUUUAGACCAUCUGCCUCUGCCUCUAUUUUUUAAAAAUGGCUUUUCUCAUAUUUUGUAAAACCAAAGUAAUGUUUCUAUGUUUAUCUUAUAGAAUACCUAGAGGUGGUGGCCGAUGCACUGAUGACUCAUGAUGGAACAAACAACUGCAACACUGCCAUUCAGCAGGCCACUGACACUAUAACACAGAAAAUUAACACAACAGAGGGUCGUAUUCUUCUGAAGCAGACUUUCAGGUUGCUAUUUUAUUGUAUGGCUUGAUGUGAAGGGAAGAUAGACUGGCUUGAUGUGAAGAUAGACUGGCUUGCUGUGAAGGGAAAACAGACUGGCUUGAUUUGAAGGGAAGAUAGACUGGCUUGAUUUGAAGGGAAGAUAAACUGGCUUGAUUUAAAGGCAAGAUAGACUGGCUUGAUGUGAAGCCGAGAUAGACUAGCUUGAUGUGAAGCCGAGAUAGACUGGGUUGAUGUGAAUGGGAGAUAAACUGGCUUGAUGUGAAGGGAAGAUAGACAAAGGCAGAUUUUUAGUUUAAAAUCAACUUCACAGCCAAGGUAUUGUUUAUUUAGAGAUAGUUUUGUCUUCAUAUUUUACUCAAACACAGAUACUUUAGCCUUGAACUUGAAGCGGGCAUGAGUUGGGUUUUUUUCUUUUAAUUUAUAGGAUGUGCUUUUUGUUGAUUUGAAAACUUUGAAAUUUAACAUGGCCAACAAAGUUAAGAAUGUUGAACUUUGUUCCCAUUAGGCUAUAUUUAUCAACCAUAUGCACUGACCAAUAAACUUUUCUUUUCACACAUUAGCAAAAUACAUUUGAAUUAAAGUCACUAGUUAUGGUAAAGCUUAAAAAUAUUGAUAGUUAAUUCAAAGGCAUAGCAAAAAAUAGAAAUAGAUAUGUGGCGAUUAAAAAAAAAAUGUACAAGAAUGAACUAAGAAAGAAAUGAUCAUUACUGGUUCAUGAAUUUUGCUUUUUAUGCCACCCUUUUCUGGUCCGGUUUUCACUAUUUUCUCUUCCAAGAAAAAUGAUCUUGGAAAAUGAAGGGCAAAAAAUUUAUUUUCUCAUUAGUUUAUUGUUUUCUCUGCUAUGAACAUUAUAAAAACAGUCAGUUCAAAACUUGAGCUUAACUAGUAACUAGAAAGGUGGCUGUCACAGAUAUACAUUGUGAUCUCAUGUUUUUGUCUUUUGAAUAGUGUAUGGUAUUUGUGUCUCAUGACUGUUAUCUCAUUAUCGUAAUCUUAUGAUUGUGGGGGCAUUAUUGUGAUCUUUAAAUUUGUUGCAUGAUUGCAGUCUUAUGAUUGUAAUCUCAUGAUAGUGUCCAUUGAAUUUAAAAUUUGAGUUAAAGGCACAAAUCAACAUAGACAAUGCAUGAUCUUAGUGCACUAAGUCAAAUAUGGUAAUUUUACUUUGAUUAUGUCCCUAAAACAUAUAUCUGUGAAUCAGGUUAUGUGACAACAUUGACCCAAACAUAUCAAAAGACAUCGCCAAUCUGUUCUCCACACUGGCUGGCAAUUUUGAGGGAGUGGUGCAGUACAACAAGGAUAACAGAGCUUUUGAGGUAAUGGGGUCAUCAGGGGCUACAUUUUAGCAACAAAUUUUAAUUGACAGACAUACAAAUACAAAAAGUAUCUAUAUAUAAAUGGUCAAAUGAUUCCGUCGGCUUUGAAAGGGUGAGUGAAAUUAUACAUUGAUUGCAAACAAUGAGGACAGACAACAAAUUCCACACUCACAGUGUUAAUGUAAAAUUUGGGAAAAGCAAAUAACUUAGGGGUAGUGAGUUAGGUCUAUUUGAGAAAGAUUGUUUCAUUUAAACUAACAUUUUAUAAGGACUGUUAUGUUCAUUAUUCAUUAAAAAUAGACUGUUAAGAUUAUUUGUUGUUGUUGCUGUAAAUAAGGAUUUUAAAAUUCUGUCAUUAUAGAGGUACUGCUUAGUACUUCAAUAAUUUUUAUUUAAUCAUUCAUUAAAGAGCUAUUGUUUAUUUCAUUAACCCUUAAAGUGGGAGUUUUUAAUUUAUUAUUUAGAGGGAGUAUUAAAUUUAUUAAUCAUUAAAAAAGGGAGUGUUCAGUGGAGUGCAGCUGUGGAUCAGAAUUGAUUGAUAUCAGAUAUUAGUCUGCUUCAUUGCAUCAUGACAUCAGAGUCUGUUCUGUACAAUAUUUAUAUUCAAGCCUUAUCAGUUUUUUUUUUAUAUCCCCAGGGAGCCAAAGGUACCAACAUCACAAUUGACACCUUGUGUGGCAUCAUGACCGAUGCAUCCCUGGGGACACCAGUGCAGAGAUAUGCCCAGGUUCUUUAUACAUUGUAGCAUCAUUCUAUUUCUUUUUUUUUUAAAACUCUGCAUAUACAAUUUGUGUGUUGAAACGUUUAAUAUCUACCGUUUGGCCUGAUAAUAAUAAUAGAGACCUUUCAUGAACUUUAGAUUGAGUGACCCAAAUUGUGCCAAGCGGACUGAAACAAGCCAUGCGUCUUACACCUUUAAUUAACAAAGUCAAAAACACAAAAAAUUUCUUUGUGCUAUAUAUUGCUAAAAAUAAUAAUUCAACAUAGUUCUUAAACAAUAUAAAUAUACAUAUAAAUAUAUAUAAAUAUAAAUAUUAUAUAUAUAUAUAUAUAUAUAUAUAUAUAUAUAUAUAUAUAGUCGGUUUUCUCCAGGAAGAGGACAUAGUGAUAAUAGCCUUAAAUUCAUGACCUAGCAGCCACUAUUUCAAAUAACUCUUAAAACAAUUAAAAUAAACAUUAUCACAGGUUUCUUGUUGCAAUGUGGUUUAGUCACCUCAGCCCGUCCCUCCCCAUCCCUGUAGUUUAAAUCCUUAAAUAUUUUAAAACAGAAAAUAAAAUGUCAUGUUUUCCUCUGAAUGAGGAUCAGAUGUUUUUGCUUAUACUUAUUUAGCAACUGAUUUUUACAAAAAUGGAUUUGUUUUCAAUUUCCAGGUUAACAAUUUGUUGUUGGAUGCAUAUUCACAAACCUGCCAAGAUUUCAAAUAUGAUAAAAUGAUAGAGACUAUGAGAGGAACGUCGUGGAGUUCUGGGGCAGCAGAGGGAGGUAAUUCUGUAUUGGAAAAAAAAAUUAAUUAAAAAAUUGGGGCUUUGCAUUUUUUACUGAUAUUCUAAAUAUACAAAUACAAGAGGGAAAAAAUACACCCCUGUUUGCCAGGCAAAUUCUAUAUAGCUUUAGUGGCAUAAAAUAAACAAUGGAAUACCAAAUUUUAUAUACAUGAACAGUCACAAAAUAGAAUCUGAUGUGAUCAUAGUUUAAGAAAUGGUGAAUGUUUUAAUAUGCUAUACUAAAUAUUCCAUGUAAAAACCUUACAAUUGGUAUUUUGCUAAAUUUUUGUUUGAUGAAAUUACCUGAUACAUUAAAAUAUCAUAAUUUAUUCAUAAAAUUAGUAAAUUAUGUCAUUAAUUAUCUUUGUAAUGUAAUUUAUUUAACGACUGUUGUAAUGUAGUUCAAAUUCACAUGCAUUUUAACUGUGCUUUAUGGGCAAUCCAUAAAUGAUGUCAAGCUCUUUUGCUUGAUUUUGGACACACCCCAUCAUUAAAAUUUUGUGAAAUAAUUUAGACACUUUAUGCGUGUCAUCAGUCAUAGUUGGCCCCUUGCAACAAAUUUUGUAUAACACAUGCUGAAAUAUUCAUAUAAAAAUAUAAUAUUCUUAUCAUAUAGUGGCACGAGUCACAAAAGGUCAACCAGUAGUUUCAUCCUAUACUCGUUUUCAAAAUAGAGUUUUUCAAUAAUUUCAUUUUUUUUUUUUUUCUAGGACGUCAAUGGACAUAUCAAACCUGCACAGAGUUUGCGUUCUACCAGUCGUCUGAUUAUGAGAACCAACCUUUUGGUCAUGCGUUCCCCAUUGAGUGAGUGUUGGCUUAAGGACUCAGUGUUUCGAACUUAACAUUUCUAUCUGAUAACAAAAUUGCCGCCUGAGAAGAAAAAACUUCUUAGAGCAGGGUGUGAUUGACCUCAUUCAACAAUAGUUAAGAAUUUUUUGUUAAAACCAAGAACAGUCAGGGCUUUUAAGUAAAUAUUUAUUUGAAUUACAUUAAACACAUUUAUAGAUACAUUCAGUGACAUAAAAGCCACUUUAUUCUGAGAUGACACCCAUAGAAUUAAAGUUUAAAAAAUAAUAUUUUUUUUUAGAGCAAUGGAAAAUAUGGAAUGAUACCCAUGAACAUUUUUCAGCCUUCAAUGUAUGAAAACAUUGUGCACAUUGUUCUUUACAUUUUAUGGUAACUGUAUCUGUAUUCGACCUUGCCUUGGGUUGAUCAAUGAAUAACUUGUAACUCAUCACUUGAAUGCUAUAUUAAAAAAAUGCGUCAACCAUGUUCUUGCAUGAAGUAUGAUGAAGUCAUAAAAUUGAAUGACAAACAAAAUGCAUUAAGAUUAAGUACCAAAUAUCAUUUACAUGAAUGAUAAUUGGACACGAAACAAUCAAGAAACAAUCAUUACAAGAAACAAUCUAACUAUUUAGACAUUUAAAUUUACAUUUGAUACACAACUAUAAAACUGUACAAACAUUCUUGGCUAUGAGAUAUAUGGAACUGACAUCUUAUCAUUUCUUUGGUGUCUUACACUAACUAUCACUACCACUUUUCCACAACACUACUACAUAAUGCUGGUAGGCUUUUCUUCCAUACAUAUAGUGAGAAGCACUAAAUUUAGUAUAGAGACCCUCUGUCAUUGGCUGGUUCCCCUGUAUUGAGUCUGAUUUUUUAAAUUAAUUUUGAAAACUUAAAAUUAAAGAUAUUAAGCAACUUUAACUAUCAUUUUGUAAUAUAAUCUGGAAUCGCUAAAACAUUACUUUAACUCAUAUUUAUUUUUCAGGUUUUGGAUAGAACAAUGUCAAGACAUUUUCGGGGCAAACUUCAAUGAAACUUUAAUCAGUGACGCCGUCAAGAGGUCGAAUGCUGAUUAUGGUGCUCUAGGGAUAAAAAUCUCCAAAGUUAUUUUCCCCAAUGGUUCCAUUGACCCUUGGCACGCUCUCGGUGUUCUUACAGAUCUAGGUCCCGAUGCCAGAGCUAUUUUUAUUAAUGGUGAGUUAUACUUUGAUUUUUUUUAUAUCAGAUAUUUUAAAUCCAAUGGUAUUCAUCCUUUAUAUAUUUUUUUUAUAUAUAUUUUUACUCUGAUAUUAAUAAAUGGAUAUACAUAAUUUUUUUUUAAAUGCUGGGUUAAUGGUGGCUGAUGUCAUCUAUUUAAUGUCAAUGGAGUUAAAAUACAAUAAAAGCUACUACAAAUAAUCUCUUUAAAAUGUGUAUUUGAUCCUUCAUGCCUCAGAUCAGUGUUAAUAAACUCCCAGAAAUUAUUCCUAGCUUAUCUUUCAGUAAUUCAGUUUAGUUUGAGCUCAGUGUUCCCCUUCUCCACAUAUUUCCUCAAAUUAACCCAAAAAUAAUUUAUUCUGUUAAACUUCAUUUUAGGUACAGCCCACUGUGCUAAUAUGUAUCCCGACUCACCCGAUGACCCACCCCAGCUGGUAAAGGCAAGGCAAGAAAUCCUUGUCCAAAUAGGGCAAUGGAUUAAUAGUUAAGAUCAAAAACUGAGGAUUUGUUUUGAGAUUACUUAAAUUUAUAGUCAGAUAUAUUUUUGCCUAACAUUAAAUUGUUUUAUUUCCUGUUAUCUUUUUAUGUCUUCAGGGUUCCCCUAACAAUAUUUGGGGAGAAGCCACCCUUAAUUUUAGCAUGUGCUCUAACGAUAGUGAAUAAUUAUUUAAUUUUUUUUUCUACAGUUAAUUGUAUCUCAGUAAUAUUUGUAUGGCUUUAAGUGUAUCCCUCUAGUAGAACGAGAAGCACAAAAUGGUGGCUUCUGUGCAUUUCCUAAAUGUUCUGUGAAUGCUGUGUGGCAGUCAGUGCCGAUGUGGGAUAUUUAAGAGCAAGACAUGUUUAGCCCAUCUGGGUUGAUUUUUCAGGUCUUGUUUUUAUACAUUUUAAAAAAUGUGUCUUGAAAAAAUAUGCAUAAUUUUAACUCUUUACUCAGUAUGGACAAAGAGCCAUAUGUUCAUAUAUCGAAAAACAAUGACCACCAAUUUUUAACGAGGUAAGAAAUUUUGGUAGUUUUUUUUUUCUAAUAAUUGUCACCCAUGAUUACCUGUUGCUAUGCUCAUGGUACUGUACAGUAUUUAUAUAUUUAAUUUAGGCUUUUUAACACCAUGUUGCGUUCCAUGGAUAAUAUUAAAUAUAAUUUUUCAAAGCCAUCUUUCUGUUAUUACAUUAUUAUGACUUUCACUAGCACUAGUGGCAUGGCUAGAGUUGGUGCUGCAUGGGGUGGGAUUAAGAUUUUGGGUUCCUCCUAUCAACGAAAAAUAACUCUGCAGUUGGCCAAAAUGCAGCCCCUCCUUAAAAAAAAAAGUGCCGCCCGGGGGGGGGGGUCUGCACCACCCCCUCCACACCCCACCUUCCUACGUAACUGUGUUGCUUUCUUCUUUUAAUUAACUACAUAACCUGCAGUGGUGCCAUAGGUAAGGACAUCGGUUCAGUAUGUAGUGAUGUGAGCUUUGUUUAUCUUUGGGGUACAGCAGUGGAGCCGUAGGCAAGGACAAAAGGCCGUAAACGCCAACUUACAGGUAGUACAAGGAUUAACAAAGACUAGGGACAUGGGAUAAAACAAAGGCAUCUUCCCAGAGGGCUGUUAGAGGCGAUUGUAGGAAAUAAAAAAAAAGAAAAAAAUCAGCCAUCAGAUAUCAUAUAUAUAUAUAUAUAUUUAAAUUAUGCUUCAUCCCCAAAGGCUCGAAGCUCGGUACAAAGUCAACCAUAUUAAAUGAGAAAUGAAACACCACAUUAAAACGCAACACUAAAAAAAACUACAAACGAGAAAACCCAUUCAAAGUAUUUCAUCCCUUUCAACUAUAAACAACACAGGCCAAUAUAAAUCUAGGAGAUAUUAGCUAGCUGGAAAAGAUGGUAGACAUCACCCCAGCAGGUGUUUGCGAAAUAGAUGUGAUUUCAAAUCGGUUUUGAAGGAUUCCAGUGACUGGCUGUUUCUGAGAGCGACAGGAAGGGUGUUCCUAAUUGUUGUCCAGUAGUUACAUAAGGCGCCAUGAGCGAUUUGAGAUAGGACGGCGCCAGGUCAUGCAAGCAGCGGUAGCACAGAGUUGCAAUUUUGCACUCUAUGCGAGCACGGACCGGCAGCCAAUGAAGCUCUCUCAGAAGUGUUUUAGCAUGGUCGAAUUUGUGUUUCCGAAGAACAAUGCUUUUUGCAUUUUAUCCAGGAGCGUAGCUGGAAGACUCACCAUGAGAGCAUUGCAGUAGUCCAUGCGUGAUAGCGCGAAUGCAGACAUGUGCUUAUUUGUUGCAUUAAACGUUAAGAAAGGUCUGAUAUGACUAAUUCUGAACAGCUCUAGAAAAAUCGCCUUGUAAAGCAUGUUAAUGUGAUUUCCCAUAGUUAGUGUUCUGUCUAAGCCGAUACCAAGGUUUCGCACUGUUUAAGCAAACUCAAUCUGCACACUUGUGAGAGUAAGGGAUUGUGUGUUAUUUACAGAUUUUAGCUUUUGAGCAGUAGCAAUGGCGACCAGCUCCGUCUUUUCCGUCUUAGGUGAUGGGUUUUGGCCAAUGGAUGGUUAGUUGCUAAAGAAGGUGAUGAGUGUUGGCCAAUGGAUGGUUAGUUGCUAAAGAAGGUGAUGAGUUUUGGCCAAUGGAUGGUUAGUUCCAAAAGAAGGUGAUGGGUGUUGGCCAAUGGACGGUUAGUUGCUAUGAUGGUGAUGGGCUGGUCAAGGGAUGGUUAGUUCCUAAAGAAGUUGACGGGCUGGUGAAGGGAUGUAAGUAGCUGAAGUAGGUGACGAAUAGGUCAAUGUAUAGUUAGAUCCUAAAGUAGGUGAUGAUUUAGUCAAUGGACGGUUAGAUCCUAAAGAAGGUGAUGGCCCUGGUUCGAAGUAACACUAUGUUACAAGUUGUUAAAACAUCCGCUAAAAAUUGCAUAGAUUUCCUUUCGGAUUCGAAACUAGAAUUUGCGUCCUGUGAAGAGAGCAAAACUCAUAAAAUGUUGAUAUGUUGUUGUUUUUUUCUACAGGUGGUUAAAUCCGACUUUUCAUAUUAUGAGAUAGUUAUUUAUAACUAGGGAUAGGCAGUAGAAAAAUUAAUCAACUAUUUGUAAGUGACCAAACUCUCAACUAACAUUAACAUUGUUUUGGGUGUUUUUUUAAAUGGAUUUUUGGUGUGGUUUGUAAGUUCAUAACUGUAAUUGCAUUUAAUUCUACUAAGUAAAUGGUUCCAGGAAAUACUCACGCUGGUUCUCGGAAAAUGCUGGUAUCUGAAACGCUGGUUAUCUGAAACACUGUUUAUCUGAAACACUGGUUAUCUGAAACACUGGUUAUCUGAAACGCUGGUUAUCUGAAACGCUGGUUAUCUGAAACACUGGUUAUCUGAAACGCUGAUUAUCAUUUACAAUUACUAAUGUACUUAUCUACUUAUAACUCAUCCAAAUUAGAACAAACCACAUGAAAUGCAAUUGUUAGUUUGGUUAUGAAAGGGACUACAAUCCGAUGGAAGACUUUAUUGAUUUUUUUGUAAUUUGGGGGGUGUCGUGGUUGGUCAAUUUGCCCCAAUGUUUAAGAUAACCAGUGUUUUGGGUAACCAGUGUUUCAAAUAAUGAUAUGACUUCACUGGUUGACUUAAACGGCAUUUUCUCAAUAGAAGUAUAUUUAAAGGUCAAGUUUUUAUUACGUUAUAAAUUUAAUAAAAGUCUAUUUUUGUAAUUAAAAGAGGUAAACCUUUUGAGGUGCUUCAAUUUUAAUUCACCGCAAAAAUUAUCAUAAGCUUUACACACGUGACUGGGGGGGGGGAUCUGCCUUUGUUUUCUCUCAGGUUCUUAAUCUUUUUCAAGUCUUUGUACUGCCUGGAAGAUGGUGUUUACUGCCCUUUGUUCGCCCCCUUUACUUUAUUUCCCAAACAUCCGCGAUGUCUGGAGGGCAUUCCUCUAUCGGACACCCGGUCAUUCGCUCGGACAUCAGACAUCGCACCCGAUGGUGGGGCGGGUGUGGGGGGC